CUCUGCUUCCCCUCUCCUCUCCUCUGCUCUGCUCCCAGACAGAAAGAAAGAAAGAAAGAAAGAAAGAAAGAAAAGCAGAGUAGGAGGAGAAAGGGGAAGUCUUUAGGCAGGCAGCGAUGACGACCACCGCGGCGGGGUCGGAGUCGUCGUCCUCGUCGACCACGGCGGCGGCGGCGGUGCUGCCGGUGGGGUUCCGGUUCCGUCCGACGGACGAGGAGCUGGUGCGGCACUACCUCAAGGCCAAGAUCGCGGGGCGGGCGCACCCGGACCUGCUGGCGAUCCCGGACGUGGACCUGGCGGCGGUGGAGCCGUGGGACCUGCCCGCCCGCUCCGUCAUCAAGUCCGACGACCCCGAGUGGUUCUUCUUCGCCCGCCGCGACCGCCCCAAGUACCCCGGCAAGUCCUCCCGCUCCUGCCGCUCCACCGCCGCCGGAUACUGGAAGGCCACCGGCAAGGACCGCCUCAUCCGGGCGCCCGGCCCCGGCGGCUGCAGGGGGAAGGGCGCCCUCAUCGGCGUGAAGAAGACCCUGGUGUUCCACCGCGGCCGCGCCCCACGCGGCGCACGCACCCCGUGGAUCAUGCACGAGUACACCGCCACCGACCCAAACCCCCAAUCCCAGUCCCAAUCCCAAUCUCAAUCUGCAGGCCCCCAAAAUGAUAGCUUUGUUCUGUACCGCCUGUUCAACAAGCAGGAUGAAGAGACCCCGGCGCCCAUUUCAGAACCCCCGUCCACGUCGCCUCCAGCCAAUCCGCCGCUACAGCAAGCCGACGACACGGCCAGCGCCUCCAUGGUGGAAGACAAGGCCUCGCCAUCUGAUUCGAGCCAGCUGACCCCGACCAAUGCAACCACCGACCACUCCUCCACGGCCCAUCUUCCUGCAGCCGCCGGCGAUGCAGAGCAGACAGCGGAUCAGGAAGCUGCUUUUACUGCUUCGAUGGAGCAGCUUCCAGACAUACAGCUACAGGCCGAGCAGCAAAGACACGAUGAGUUCCCUAUAUUCAAUUCCCCGAUGCGUCCUUACACGGAUCUCCCGUUCGUCGGCAACAUGGGUGAUGAGCAGGAAGACUUUUCGAUGUAUCUGAACAACACCAUAGGUGAGCAGGAUGUGCAAGACAUGUUGCUCAAUCCAGCCGGCUCUACUACAGCUCCUCUUCCGUUCUGGUCCGCUAGCUCAGGUUCAUGGACUCCUUAUGAUCUCCAAGAUAUGGGGGCAGCACCUUGGACGCAGCAGCAGCCUACAGCUCCAGCAGAUUUGAUGGACCCGCAACAAGGGAUCGCGGCAAGGAGGAUCCGGCUUGCGUACGCUGUUGAGAGGGCAUCGGCGUCUCAGCCUGUAUUAGCUUGUCACUCGGAAAGCGAAGAAGGUGAGGGCGAAUCAGCAGGCUGUAGCACAGAGAGUUCAUCCAGCAACCAUGAGGAGGAGGAUCAUGUCGAUGAUGCCGUUUUCCAAACCAUGGCUGGAGAUCUGAUGCACAACAUGGCUCCUGCUCAAGCACUAGUAGUUUCUCCGGUGGAAGUUGCAGACAAGCUCCAGCAUCUAUCAUUCAAUCUCAAUGAUAACAACAUAUUGGAACAAGAAGAUGCCAAGCUGCCUGGUGGAGCUGUUCUGAAGCAGGAUUCCGGUCGAAACGGGCACGACCAGGACGGACUCGUGCGCAACAGUGACUGCGUGCCUGGCCCUGGAGAUUCAUCUUCAGAAACAGCCGUGCGGAGGUCCCUCUGGCUGGCGCUCCUGGUGAUGGCCCCUCUGCUUGUGCUUGUCUUGGCUGGUGUCUGGAGGUCACUGAGCUACCGGCCGGUGUAAACUAAACUAAACGGUUCCUCCUCAUCGUUCUUCGUUGGUAGGCUCUCUCUCUAUAUAUACUUGUGUUGGUGUUGGUGGUGUGGUGUAUAUACUUCACUUGGUGUCUGUCUGUCUGUGUGUGUUAAGUAACUUUAGGCUCUCUCUCUCUACCGUAAUCGUAUGGACUUUGUAAUGUAGCCAUCCCAUUGACAUGACAUAUUGGAGAGAGAAAUCGACUUACAAACUCUAUUGUCUAUGCAAGCAAAUGAAUGAAUGGAUGAUUGAGUCAGCAA